UAACAUGAUCACGGAAGCAGAGCGCAAACACACUGGAUCACAGAACAGACAUGGACAACACUUCUCCUCGCUUCGCUUUGCUCACGGCCUUCAGUUUGUGGUUCUUGAUUUUUCAGUUUAAAUCCACUGAAGCAGUUGAUAUUUGCUCAGCUCCUUUUAGCAUUCCAUUUCCAGAAAACAACAAAGUGGACGAUGUUGUGCUAACAAUCACUGUCCAGCCAGAUGUGACACUUGACUUUGCGCCACCUCCUGCAAACCCAGAUAACCCGUUUAGACUUGAUGGGAACCAGUUGAGAGCUGUCAGAGUCCUGGACUAUGAGACGGUGAAGAACUAUGCGGUCCAGAUUUCAUGCACACAGACAAACACAGGUCUUUCGCUCCCUCUUACCUUCGUUGUCCUUGUGGAAAAUGUGAAUGACAACCCUCCAGUCUUUGACCAGAAUCUGUAUCUUGCUGACGUCGAUGAGCUGUCUCCCAUAGGCUUUACCAUUGGUCGCUUUGCUGCCACAGACCUCGACCAGCACCCUCAGCUCUACUACACCCUCACAUCUGAACCUAGUGCAUUUAAACUACAAUCCCCUACAAUUCCAGCAAUAAUGGUGGAUGCAACUCUCAACUAUGAAAAAGUCAGAGAAUACCAGCUGAAGCUGGUAGUUCAGGACACACCACUUGCCUCUGCACCUGUCGGGCCUUCAUUCAGUGCCACCGCAACCAUACAGAUCAGCAUAUCUGAUGGAGAUAACAGACCCCCCUGGUUUCAACCAUGCACAAAGUAUGAAGUGGGGGGAGCUGUGAUUUGUGAAAGUGCAGGAUACACUGGAACGGUUAACCUGAAUGAACAACAGACUGGAGCGUUAUCUCUGAAACCAGGACCGGUACACGCCAUUGAUGGAGACACUGGAAUAAAUGAGGAGAUAACAUACACAUUCCUGAGUGGGAAUGACGAGGGUCUGUUUGCAAUCAACCCAAGCACAGGUGACAUCACAAUGUUGAGGCCAGCUGACGUACUCGGAGAAAUUAACCUGGUAGUUCUGGCUGCUCAGAAGAUUAACGUGGAUCAGUUCGCCACCACCCAGGUGGGGAUUCGUGUUCAGGAGAAGAGCCUGCAUCUACCACAGUUUCAAAGGCCUCUUUAUGAAGGUCUCAUCACAUCAAUGGGCUCAGUGGCACUAGACCUACAGGACGACAAAAGGGCUCUACGGAUCCUGGCCACAGAUGAAGACUAUGCUGUCUUGGAGGGUAUAAAUCCUCACAUCACGUAUUCAUUUGAAGAAAGCGAGGACUUUGUUAUCAUCAAUGGAUUCUUGUUCCUGGUCAAUGAUCUGACAGAUGACACCUUUCGUUUGACUGUUGUGGCAAAAGACACAUCCAAUGAUGAAACAGCUACGGCCCAGCUGGUUGUGGAGGUAAAAGCAGGUAUCACCACCAGCGCUUUGCCUCAGAGCACUACAGACAUACCGACAACCACGGGAGGCAUCAUCAACACCGGAACGACAAUUUCAGCCAGCAGCCCCAGUUUAACAAUCCCUGCAGGAGGCUUCGGAGUGGAGGACAUGGCAGCACUUGGGGCAACCUUGGGGGCCCUUCUCCUGGUGUGUCUGGUGGUCAUUGGGGUUCUAGUCCAUCGCAUGCAAAAGGGAAAAGCCAACUGGAGGAAAAUCUAUGAGGCCAGCAUGUUCAGGAGCUCACUGAGACAAGGCCCGAGUGACCAGAAAGAGGCCAUCCAGUACACCAAUGAGGCCUUCCAGAUGGAUGAGGGCGGGGAUGGUGUGGACUCCGGUGGGCCAGCGGGGGGUCUGGGUGUGAAGGCUGGAGAACAACCAGCCCGUGACCAAUACUAUGGAAAGAAAAGUUCUGCACCUCUGCACAACCUUCUGCCUGAAGACACCAGUGACACAGACUCCAACAAGACCGACAGUGAAAAGGAGGUCAAACCCAUCCUGACCAAGGAGCGGCGCGUGGAGGAGGGCUACAAGUCAGUGUGGUUUAAGGAGGACAUCGACCCGAAUGCCAAGGAGGAGGUGGUCAUCAUCCCAGACAACAACGACCACGACAGUGAGGAUGAAGACAAUAAACCAAAUGCCAGAGAAGAUGAUGAAGAGGGCACUUCAUACAAGAGAAAGAUCGCCUUUGCUGACGCCGAUUUGGACAGUGGACUGGAGUUGAAGAUGGGGGAUCAGGAAGAUGACUCAGACAGCGGCAGAAGAUCGAACACUAGCUUGUAAGAACGGCGAUAAGAGGACAACACACCAGCAGCCAUGUGGAAGUUUAACCAUCAACAAACACGCCUAUUUAUACAAGUCAGAGGCGACACAGCCUGGAAGAAAUGCAUCAAAAGAAACCUGGAAACACAAAUAAUGAAUUGAAAUUAUUCAACCUAAAGCUGUUUUUCUUUUCUGAAAAGCACUUUGUCUUACAUAUUAAAGCGCUAUACUGAUUAAUCAAAGACUCAAGUAAGUAAAUCAGUUAGUUUUUCUCUAUAUAAAUGUAACUGUAAGAAAGUGAUCGAAGGUAAAAUGUCUUGAUUUUUUACAGUUUUAAGAAAACCUCCCUUCAUACAGGAAUCAUGGUCUGAGCUGCCGUGGAGCACGGGACAAACUGGCAAAGGUGGAUGAUCAAAUGAGUGGCUGUCACCAGCACACUGGUUGAUCAUUAACCUGUAUUGCUCAGAGCUGGCAGAACAAACAUGCCUGAUAAAAGUAGACCUGCAAACAGAACAGUCAAAUAACUGAAAAGAGAAGUGUGUCAUGAUGCUGAUAGUGUCAAUAAAUCCUUAUCUGUUCAUCACUUACCUCUCUGGGGCUGUACGGCAGAUUAACAGAACGAUUAAACCUUUAAAUCGUUGAUCAAUAACCCACUGGAGAAACCUGAAAAUGAUGUCUUCCCUUACUGCCUAAAACCUCUAACCUCUAAUCUCCAGCUGUCAUAAAUUAACAGCAUUUAAAGUCCCACGUCCAUCUUUUUUUAAUCUUCGGUAAAAGCGUCCCAAGUGAUCUUUUAAAGAAGAUUAGCCAAAAUCCAAAAACCUGUUUGUUUGUUUUCUAGAACAGAUGAUCUGAAAGGUCCACUAAAACGUUAACAAUUGUAUGGUCAGUUUCAUUUGUAUUGCUUUUUGUUAAGCUGCAGGAAUCUUGACAUUUUACACCUCAUUUCUUUAAAACACAAAUAAAAUACAACCUUGUAACUUGAAAA